AUGGUGGUAUUCAGGGCCAGCAGCAGGGUCAAGCCGGCGGGUACGGCGUCGCGGGCACCGGCAGCUACGACGCCGGGGGCUACGGUGGCGGCCAGCAGGCCGGGUACGACCCCACUGGCACCGGCACGCAUGACGCCUGGGGGCUAUGGCGGCUCUGGUUAUCCAGGUUACGGGGCUACCGGAACAGGCGUCCAUGACGCCGGUGGCCCAGGAGGGUAUGGAGCCACAGGUACCAGAGCUCACGGUACGCAUGGCGGCGUGGCCGGAUUCCAGGACGGCGGCGCCGUCGGGCACACUGGUGGUAUGAAUGGUGCAACAGGCAUGGGGACCCAUGGUACUGGUACCGGUCAUGGUGCCACCGGAAUGCAUGACACCGGGGUUUUAGGCGGUGGAGGGCACACCGGCACCGGCAUGAUGCCCAGCCGUGGCACGGGUCACGGGGCCACAGGCAUAACUGGAACCGGCGGCGCGUUCCCCCAUGGAGCUGAGCACAAGACGGGCGGCAUCCUACGCCGCUCCGGCAGCUCCAGCUCCAGCUCGUCAUCAUCUGAAGAUGAUGGCAUGGGUGGGCGCCGGAAGAAGGGUCUAAAGGAGAAGAUCAAGGAGAAAAUGCCCGGCGGCCACAGGGACAACCAGGGCCAGGCGACGGCCACCGGAGCAUACGGCGGCACAGGAUACACUGGGGCUGGGCCGACAACCGGUACAGGAACCAACGGCGGCGGGACGUACGUGCCGACGACGACCGGAGGCACCCACGAGAAGGAGGGCGUGAUGGAGAAGAUCAAGGAGAAAAUCCCGGGUGGCCACAAGGACUACGACCAGCACCAGCACACCACCGCGGGAACCGGCGGCGGCUAUGGCGGAACCACCGACACGUACGGGACGACGACGACUGAGGGGACGCAUGAGAAGAAGGGCUUCAUGGAGAAAAUCAAGGAGAAGCUCCCCGGUCAGCACUAA